GCGCCGCGCGCGCCCGCCGCUGGCGCCCCGCCCCUUCCGGCGGCGCUCCGCCCCUUCUCUAUGGUUCCUCCCCAUAUCCUCCCCGGGGGCUCCUCCCUUUCCACUUCCGGUGGCCGCUCCGGCCCGGUCCUCCAACGCCUCUCCGCUCUCCUCCGCCCUCUCCCCGCCGCGCGGGAAGCACCGGAACCCCUCGGGACGGCCCCAAACGCCGCCGCCGCCCGCCGCCAGCGCGGCCCGGAGGCCCGGCCGGCCCCGGAGCCGCCCUCACGGCCCCGCCGUCUCUAUGGUGGCGGCGGCGGAAGUGGCGGAGGGAGGGAGGGGCGGGGCUUCCGGUCGGGCGCGCGGCGCCCGGGGGGGGGCGGCAGCGGCGGCGCGAUGGAGUUCCCGGGAGGCAGCGAUAAUUACCUGGCCAUCACGGGCUCCUCGCAUCCAUUCCUGAGCGGGGCUGAGACGUUCCACACGCCCAGCCUGGGCGACGAGGAGUUUGAGAUCCCGCCCAUCCCGCUGGAGUCCGACCCCUCGCUGGCCGUGGUGGGACACUUCGAGGACCUGGGCGAGCCCGGCGGCGCCGCCGAGGCCCCGUUCGCCCCCGCGCCCUACGGCGUGGCCGGGCUGGAGCUGCCCGUGGGGCUGCCCCACGGCAUCAUGGAGCAGGGAACCGGCCUGCUCAACAUGGAGCUGGAACCACCCAUGGGCUCCCAGUUUGGCCCGGCAGCCCCGGUGACCAUCGAGGUUCCCCUGGGCGCCCUCAGCCCCGGGGCGCUGCUGGGCGGGGCCGGCGCCCUGACCACGCCCCUCACCACCAUCGACCAAUCAGAGCUCAGCUCCCAGCUGGGGCUGGGCUUGGGCGGGGCCGCGGCCACGCCCCCCGGCCCCGCCCCGGGCCCCGCCCCGGCCCCGCCCAGCCCCGAGCGGGGGCUGUCCCCGGCGCCCUCCCCCGCGGGGUCCCUGCAGGACGAGGAGCUGGAGGAUUUCCGCAGGCCCCCCGCCUCCGCCCCUUCCCCUCCGGCCUCCACCCCGGCGUCCAGCGCUGCUGCCACUCCGGCCACUCCGGCCACGCUGACCACGCCCAUGACGUCAUCCAUGACGUCAUCCAUGACAUCACCCAUGGCCACGCCCAUGACGGCACCAAUGGCGGCACCGAUGGCGACACCGAUGACGUCACCCAUGGCCACGCCCAUGGCCACGCCCCUCGCCGCCCCAUUGGCCACGCCCCUGGCCACGCCCCUGGCCACGCCCGAGCCGCCGCGGCGCCCCAAGCCCCCCAAGAAGGCCAAGAAGAAGAAGGACCCCAACGAGCCGCAGAAGCCGGUGUCGGCCUACGCCCUCUUCUUCCGCGACACCCAGGCGGCCAUCAAGGGACAGAACCCCAACGCCACCUUCGGGGAGGUCUCCAAGAUCGUGGCCUCCAUGUGGGACUCGCUGGGCGAGGAGCAGAAACAGGUGUACAAGCGCAAGACGGAGGCGGCCAAGAAGGAAUACCUGAAAGCGCUGACGGCCUACAAAGCGACACUGACCUCCCCGGACCCCCCCGAGCCCGACCCCUCCCCCACCCCCCCCGCCCCCACCCCCACCCCCGCCCCCACCCCCAGCCAGGAGGACGUGGAGAUGAUCGGGGGGGACCCCGAGAGCGAGGUGGAGUCCCCCCCCCGUGUGGAGCUGGUCCCGGAGUCCCCGGGCGCGGCCGAGUCCCCGCGCGGUCGCUGCGUCAGGGCCGGCUGCGAGAACGCGCCCGUGGCCAGCGGGGACUGGGACGAGGAGUUCUGCAGCAGCGAGUGCCUGGUGCGGCACUGCCGGGACGUUUUCCUGGCCUGGCUCGCCUCCCGCAACGCCGGCGUCGUCUUCGUCAAGUGAGGCCCCGCCCCCCCGAUUUGGGGCAUUUUCAGCACAUUUUGGCAUUUCCCAAAAAUCCCCAAAUUUGGGGAAAUUCAGAAUUAAAAGGUUUGGAGCAAAAGGAAAAAAUUUGGUUUUUUUUAUUUUAUUUUUUUUGUUUUUAUUUCGGGAGAUUUUGCCCCAAAAUCUGGGUGGGAAUGGUCAAAAAAAACCUAAA